GCCUUUCUGAUUGGCUGAUUCACACGCUCAUCGGCCUAUGUCAACCUGAGAAAAAUAAAAAGAUUGGUUUCACAUGCAAACUGUCAAGGGACGGAAGAGAGCCGAUGGCAGUGGUAAAUCUUCCAGUAACACCGACUGUCAAGUUUGCGUACAAAUGGACGACGAGACCGUCGUUACACAAGUGGAGCUGUAGCUCAUUGCUGGAGACUGAAGUACGAGCGAGUUGUUUAACACGUGAGUUUGCUGAAUGAAGAAUGAAAUGCUCGAGUGAAGUCGUCACCACGGAGGACCGGCCUGGACCAUAAUUUCCUACAAAACCUUUUAUGCUGGAGUGCCCUUCGUUCAGUCUCGUCUUGCCGCUCUGCCUUGCGCACCUUCGUCCACCGGCUCUGCUGCGUCGCCCCGGCAGAGCAGUCCCAUCCCUCUCCCCAGGCCUCGCGCCCUCCCAUCGGCGGCCCGCUCCGGCGGCGUGUUGGUGUACGAUGGCGCGGCGGGAUGCUGAGGGCUGCCGUGGGGGACUGUGAUGUCAGAGCCCAACAGCCCGGGCGAGAGCCGGUGUGGCGCUCCCAGAUUCUUCGUGGGCUGCGAGGACGAUGAGAGCGAGGUCCUGGAAGAUAGCAUAAGGACAGAUAUGGAGCUGUAUGAGGACGACGAAGACACAGACUCGCCCCCAGAGCGACAGAUUGUCGUCGGGAUCUGUUGCAUGAUGAAGAAGUCAAAGUCCAAGCCGAUGACCCAGAUCUUGGAGAGGCUUUGCAAGUUCGAGUACAUCACUGUGGUCAUCUUCCCAGAGGACGUCAUCCUUAACGAGCCCGUGGACAAAUGGCCUCUUUGUGACUGCCUCAUCUCCUUCCACUCCAAGGGAUUUCCGCUGGAUAAGGCCGUGAGCUAUGCCAAACUAAGAAAUCCUCUGCUCAUCAAUGACCUGAAUAUGCAGUAUUACAUACAGGACAGGAGAGAGGUGUAUCGCAUCCUGCAGGAGGAAGGGAUUGAUCUACCACGCUAUGCUGUGCUGAACCGUGACCCCGAUAAACCAGAUGAGUGCAACCUCGUAGAAGGAGAGGAUCAUGUGGAGGUGAACGGAGAAAUCUUCCAGAAGACUGUGUUUUGUUGA